CACAGAAACCCAUCCUCCAUUUGCAACUGGUUUUCUGCUGCAUUCAGUUUCUGCAUUCAGACGUGAAGGAACGAUGUAAACACCAGAAAAUUACCAUAAAUUCACACAUGGCUUUUAAACAAUGUGGACGUGUCGCCAAACUCUUUGCUCUACUUUGUGUUUUUCUUCUUUAUAGGACUCUGCCUUCAAUUCAAGCAGAGAAACACUCGCUGUAUUACAUUUACACAGGUUUGUCCAAACCUGUCGAUCUGCCGGGCAUCUAUGAAUUCACUGCUAUGGGUCUGCUAGAUGACACACAGAUCGACUAUUACAAUAGUGAAGAACAGAGAAAUAUUGCCAAACAGACCUGGAUGAAGGAGAAACUGCCGGAGGAUUACUGGGAAGAAGACACGCAGUUUACAAAGAGCAAAGAACAGUGGAUUAGGUUGAAUAUCUUCUCUCUGAUGAAAUGCAUGAAACAAAAUGAAUCAGAUCUUCAUGUUCUUCAGUGGAGACACGGUUGUGAAGUUGAGCAGGGAUAUGAACCAAAACGCAUUAAUGAGUACUGCUAUGAUGGAGAGGACUUUCUGUCUUAUGAUUAUCAGGAGGCUCAAUGGGUCGCCCCAGUUGACACUAAUUUAAUAUCCAAGUGGAAAUGGGAAAAUGUGCCGAUCUUAAAUCAACACACAGCAGACUACCUGAAAAUGGAGUGUGAGGUCUGGCUCAAGAGAUUCAGACAAUAUGCAGAUGAGGAGCUCAGAAAAGCUUCUCUUCCAGAUGUUCACAUGUUUGCAAGGAAAUCCAGGAAUGAAACCCAGCUGAAACUCAUCUGUAUGGCCUCCAGCUUCUACGCCAAAGACAUGAUGAUGACCAUUAGGAAAUAUCGCACACCUCUGCCUGAGAUAACAUCCACUGAAAUCAGACCGAACCCUGAUGGGACCUUCCAGAUACAGAAGAGUGUGGAGAUUAAUGAGGAUGAAGAAGCAGAAUAUGACUGUUUUGUGACCCACAAGAGUAUGGAAGAACCAAUUAUCAAAAAAUGGGAUGGAAAUUGCCUGGACUGCCCAACAGACACUUUCAUAGCUUUGAUUGGAGCAGGGAUUGUAGUUUCCGUUCUGCUGCCAAUUGUUUUAGUGUUUUACAUCAAACACAAGAAAUGCCUUAAUGGGUCCACGGGUCCAAUCUACACCAUGGCCCCGCAAACACCAGGUACGAGCCUGUCCCUCAACGAGCAGACCCCAGGUACGACCCUGACCCUCAACGAGCAGACCCCAGGUACGACCCUGACCCUCAACGAGCAGACCCCAGGUACGACCCUGACCCUCAACGAGCAGACCCCAGGUACGACCCUGACCCUCAACGAGCAGACCCCAGGUACGACCCUGACCCUCAACGAGCAGACCCCAGGUACGACCCUGACCCUCAACGAGCAGACCCCAGGUACGACCCUGACCCUCAACGAGCAGACCCCAGGUACGACCCUGACCCUCAACGAGCAGACCCCAGGUACGACCCUGACCCUCAACGAGCAGACCCCAGGUACGACCCUGACCCUCAACGAGCAGACCCCAGAUCAAGACACUGAUAGUGAAACACCAGACAGCAGUGAUGCAAGCUCAGUGGAGCGUAUUUCCCCUCAGGGUGAGGCCUCCAGUGAUGACAAAUCAAUAGUUUUUUCUAUUCAGGGCCGCUGCUGGCCAAAUGGGUGCCCUAAGAAGGAUUGUAUUGUUGUGCCCACAUUCCACAAACAUGAUGAUGGGGAAAAAACAUCUAAUAUAGUGGGGAAAAUAGAAUCUUUUUAAUAAAUUAUAUUAUUUACAAAUUACAAUUUUAGCUCUCGACAUUUACCUAUGACUUAAUUAUGACGCUAAUUUAUUUUAUAGUCUCAAGCAUUCAGAGAUCAUGCAAAAGGAAACUAAGCAGCUUUACUAUGAUAAAACCAUGAUUUAUUUUUGUAAGGGUUGUGAUAUGCAUGUUUUUUGUUGAAGAAAUUAUAAAGAAUGUCAUCUAUAGCAAAAAUGUCUGUUUUUAUAGCAACAACAACAAAAUAUUACAGUAUAUUAAUACUUCUUUGUAAAUUAUUAUUUGAAGUAAUAAAACCAUGGUUAAUUUGCAGUUACCAUGGCUUCAAGAACGAUGAUUUGUGGUGUUAUUGUUAAAACCAUGGGUCAUUUUCGUAAAAACCCACUUUCACAGGAAUGUGCCUGAAAGUGAUAAACGGGCCUUGUUUUUACCGAAAUGAUUUCUAAUUUAUUUUAAUAUAUAUUAAAAAUGUAUAAGGUGUGCAUUAUAGCUGACACCUAUAUGAACACAUUACAAUUGUUUUAUGACUGCAAGUCUUUCUCCUCAAAUGCUAUUGAGCUUCAAAUUUGCGUUUGAGCCCAUGUGAAAAAGUAGCAUAAUUUACAUAUGAUUUACAGUUUAUUUUAAUAAAUAUCAAACAUUCAAUUUAAUUGUGCGUUAUAUCUGUCACCUAGAUGAACAAUCACAGUUGUUUUUAUGACUGUAAGUCAUUCUCCUCAAAUGCUACUGAUGUUAA